CGCCCCUUCCCUCCCUCCCCCCUCGCAGACGCCCGCCCCGCCCCUCCCGUAGCGCGCGCGGCCGCGCCGCCAGCCGCCAAGAUGGCGUCGGCGCUGGAGCAGUUCGUUAACAGCGUCCGGCAGCUCUCGGCCCAAGGGCAAAUGACCCAGCUUUGUGAGCUGAUCAAUAAAAGUGGAGAACUGCUAGCAAAAAACCUCUCCCAUCUGGAUACAGUGCUUGGUGCCCUGGAUGUGCAGGAACACUCGUUAGGAGUUCUUGCUGUCUUGUUUGUGAAGUUUUCUAUGCCCAGCAUCCCCGACUUCGAAACAUUAUUCUCACAGGUGCAGCUCUUCAUCAGUACUUGUAAUGGGGAGCACAUUAGAUAUGCAACAGACACUUUUGCUGGCCUGUGCCACCAGUUAACAAAUGCCCUUGUGGAGAGAAAGCAGCCCCUGCGAGGAAUUAGCAUUCUCAGACAAGCCAUAGACAAGAUGCAGAUGAACACAAACCAGCUGACCUCAAUACAUGCAGAUCUCUGCCAGCUCUGUUUGUUAGCAAAAUGCUUUAAACCUGCCCUCCCAUAUCUAGAUGUGGACAUGAUGGAUAUUUGUAAAGAAAAUGGGGCAUACGAUGCAAAGCACUUUUUAUGUUAUUACUACUAUGGUGGGAUGAUAUACACUGGGCUAAAGAACUUUGAAAGAGCACUCUACUUCUAUGAACAGGCAAUAACUACUCCAGCCAUGGCAGUUAGUCAUAUUAUGUUGGAAUCAUAUAAAAAGUAUAUUCUAGUUUCUUUGAUACUACUUGGCAAAGUUCAACAGCUACCAAAAUAUACUUCCCAGAUAGUUGGUAGGUUCAUUAAGCCCCUUAGCAAUGCUUACCAUGAAUUAGCACAAGUUUAUUCUACCAAUAAACCCUCGGAGCUUCGAAAUCUGGUGAACAAACACAGUGAAACAUUCACAAGGGACAACAAUAUGGGGCUGGUUAAGCAAUGCUUGUCAUCUCUCUACAAAAAGAAUAUUCAGAGGCUAACCAAGACAUUUUUAACAUUGUCAUUACAAGACAUGGCAAGUCGAGUUCAGUUGUCAGGGCCCCAAGAAGCAGAAAAGUACGUCCUCCACAUGAUAGAAGAUGGUGAAAUCUUUGCAAGUAUUAAUCAGAAGGAUGGUAUGGUCUGUUUCCACGAUAAUCCUGAGAAGUAUAACAAUCCAGCUAUGCUUCAUAACAUUGAUCAGGAGAUGCUGAAAUGUAUAGAGCUUGAUGAACGACUGAAAGCCAUGGAUCAAGAGAUCACUGUGAACCCUCAGUUUGUGCAGAAGAGUAUGGGCUCUCAAGAAGAUGACUCAGGGACCAAACCAUCCAGUUAUUCCUGAAAUUAAUGUUGCUCACUACUCCGCUUUCAAGUAAAAGCUUAAGAGAAUCACGCCUGGAAUAGGGCAUUGAGGAGUUCCAUGAAGAGAGCAGAGAGAACUGAGCUUUGCUUUUCACCUGGACAUUGAGAAAAUAAAAGAACACCCUCUCAGUACUGUAUAAUUUCAGAAAUAUUCUCCGCAAAGAAAAAGGAAAUCUCAAAAGAAACCUAAAAGUCUGUUGUGGAUUUAUUUAUCUUCAGAUUAACAUCGUUAAUGCAUUAAAUAAUCUACCUUUUGUUUUAAAGGUUUUGAAUGUUGCUGUGUUUCUGUAGCAGUCCUUUUUCCUCCUCUGCAGGAAAAAAAAAAAGUGUUAUUCAGGGAAGAAUGCGAACUAGCAUUGGUUCAUUUACAAGAUAAUUACUGUUCAUUUUGUAUUUAAAUUUGGCUCGAAGGGCAGAUAUAUGUACGGUGGGGGGGAGAGGGGUGGAGCUUAAGUAAAAUUCUCUACAUCAUAAUUUGCAUUACUUAGUGUAGUUGGCUGCUGUCUCAAAUGAUGAAAUAAGAACCAUGUUCUUCUUGAAAGGUAUUAACAAGUCCUUGGUAGGUGGCUGCUGAAAAGCGAAAUUUGCCUUAGGGAAACCAUACAUGAGAGCUGUUUUGAUUUUAAACUUCUGGUACAAAAUACUUCCUAAUAACGUUUGCUCUUGGAUCAAAUUUACUAGGCCUAAACAAGGAUAAUUGGAAGACCUGGGUGUUCUGGAGGAUGCUGGCUAUCAAGUUGUUCACGCUGAAAGAAGUUUAAAUUUUUGUUCCUAUACAAUCAGCAUGAAGGUAUUCAAUACGCUACUGUUUUUCUGUGGUGGAAAUCAGUUCUAAGUGAAGGCCGUGCUAUAGAUCCUUUCUUUGUUUCUAAAAAUGAUUCUUCUUGAUGGAAUUCUAUACAACUCAUAAAAAACAGUUUUAUUUGGAUCUAACUUGCUGGAAUGACAUCUAGUUAUUAAUUCACUAUUUCAAACAAAUAGAUUUUUGUUGGAUUCUUUAAGGGUUUCACUUCUUAAAUCAAUGGGAUUUUUAUUUUUCUGUAGCUCUCGCGUAUCUGAAGAUUCUGACUGUUCAAACACCUUUGAGAUACUUCACAUCAGUGCAAAUCUCCUACUAUCAGGCAUACAUAAACCUGUCAUCAAGGCAGAAUGUGUGAAGCUCAGCAUCUACUGCUUCCUGCUUAAACAUCUGAAUAGGAGCUGCUUGCUACUGCUAACCUGCCAGCUUUUGUCAGGUGUCAAAGUGGGAGCAAAGCAUUUCUGGCUCUUGCCGUGUUAAAUUUGUCUGUAUUGAGGUCACCCGUGGUUGAAAAUAACCCAUUUGUGCUUCCAGUGCAGAUACAGAACUGUUGGGGUUUUCAUUUAAAACUGGUCUCUUAAUUCUAGCAGAGCCUCUGUGGCAGUGGUACGCUUUCUAGAAGACAACUGUGUUGUUCUCUAGGUGGCAAAUGAAGUUUUUAAAAGCAUAAAAUAGCAAUUUAGUAGUGAACACAGCAUAAGUCCAUAGUGUUAGUUGUUCACCAUUGAGAAUUUGUGCUUCCUAUCACUGACUUCCAUAUUUAAAGGCAAAUUUUACACCUAAACUCGCCUUACUGGUCUUGUAAUUAAAUAUAUUUAUGAUUUUUAGUGUGUUUUUUUUUUUUUCCCUAGUUAAUCCUGCAGUGAUUUCAGUGCUGAAAAUGCUUAUGCAACUUUUUGCUCUGGUACUGUAGAAGUGUUAAAAGCUGAUGAGCUGUGCUGUGGGCUCAGGCACGAAGCUGGGUUAUGGAAAUGUUUACAAUUGUGUGCAGUAGAGUACUGCAAAUGACUAAUCCUAAACUGCCAUGUAAACAGAAAUGGUGAUGGCUCACAUUUCAUUGCCAAAGGCUCACCUGCCAGGAGAAGAAUGUAUGCAGAAUGCUUUCAUGAAGCCUGAGAAGAACCAGAAAUGUUCUCUCUGCAGUGGCUGAGCUUUUGUAUUGCUGGUUCCUAUUAGUAAGUGUGGACAUUCUGAGAGCUGGUAAAUGGCUUUAUAUCUGUGGAAUUACAAGCAAAUUAGUAGAUGCACCUGGCAAAUAGCAGCUAUUUCCUUUGUUUCUUUUCAUAACGUAGGUAAAAUAAACUGAUACUGCACAUCAAAAGGGAUGGUAGACAGAUGUAUGUAGUAUUUUCAAAUGAUAUAUGACACUAUUUUUCUUAAUCUGUUUUUUUAUAGAGGCACAUUUUUAGUUGCUGUUGGAAAAUUUGAAGUCAGGUCCCACCUGUAGGAAGUAUUCACCAAAAGUGCUUUGGGGAAGGGCUUUUUAAAUAAUGGUUUGAUUAAAUGCAUAAGGUCUAGCGUCUGCAUGUCUCGAGAUGCUGUUGAAAUUAAGUCAGAUUUUUAAUGAAGAAGCUCCUUCAAGUCUUGGAACUAAUUGCAUGGACUGUGGUGAGCUGAGAUGCUUUGAGAACACUUGAGCUUUCUGGUUUUAAUUUGUAUUUAUUGCAAGGAAGGACUCUUGAUCAAAUGUAAGAACACUGUGUGCUAUGCUUCUCUGAAGUUCAGACUCUCAGAAGGCCUGUGGCUAGUUCUUCCCAUUGUGCAUGGCCAGAAGAUGUGCUCACAAAAUCCUGAGUGCAUGCUUUAUAUCUAACUCAUAAUUUCAUGCAUCAUAAUUUGCAAAGAGAGAAAGUGCAGCUCUGAAGGGAGCCCUAGACUUGCAACUACAGUUCUUAGCCACAGGAGGGGGGUCCAGUUCAGUCAUGCUUAGCUGGUAAUAAAAUGAUGUGGAAGUUU